ACUAAAAAGACUUGGUUCGAGCCAGCUAAAAUUACAUUCUCAAGAAAACAGUUUUUGCCGAUAACGCUCCAUUUUCAUCUAUUAUUUGACGAAAGUGUAGACGAAAAGUUUAUUCGACGCGUGUGCUUUGAUUUAAAUACGUAAUUAACUGACCGUGUCGAGUGUACGGAUUAGAAAAUAUUGUUGAAGUUACAGUGCGUAUUGCGGGCAUUUUUUUGAUUUUCCCCCGCCAAAAAUGCGAACCAACGGGCACACGACGAGAUUGAAGCGCGAUUAGCCCGAGAUAUCUAAGCCCAGUUAGUCUAAGCAUGAAUAAGGAAUAGAUUUAGCCAAAACUAAGCUAAGCUAAGCGAGUCACAAUGCCUGUAGUCUCACCUUCGCGGUACAACUCCACCUCAACCAGCCUUUCGGGGUCAUAUCGCUCCACACUUUCCUCGUCCUCCAGCUUGGACAAGCCUUACUACAGAUCCAGUAGUGGUACCUAUGUGACCUCAACUUUAAGAAGCUCGUAUGGCGACCGAACGACUGAAUACCGCUCCAGGUUCUCAGACGUCGACGGCAAGAGGGAAAGGAAGACCUCCCUGGUGGAAUAUUCGAGAUCGUCACGGGCUCCAAGUGUGGCUGACUCCGAUAGCGGCAUCUGCACAAGAUACAGAUCGGACAGGAGUGAAAGCCGGUCGAGGGAUAUCUCGACGACGCGCAGCGAAAGCAGUAAGACAAGUGAUCCGCCAAGGAACCCCAAGAGAAAUGUCAUCAGCUCAGCGUCUUUGGCUAUGUCAACAGCUGAGUUGUACAACAAGUAUUCGCCGGCGAAUUACGUGCCUUUGACCCAGAGGAUACAGCAGCAAGCGAACCAGAAUAGCUAUGGAGAGAUUUCCAGGUCGAAGUCCAUCUCGAACGAUAUUGGAAGACCACCAGCGUCUGAUGCUUCGAGGCUCCGGAAAGCGAGGAACUCGACAGCGGCGACUAUCGUUGAGAGGCCAGAGCGACGCUAUAAGGACUCCCCGUCGCCGGGCCUCAAACGGGUGACCAACGGCGUGAAAGACACCAACGGGAACGAAGUACCGUCUGUCUCGGAAAUCCGCAAAAGAUUCGACCACAAGAUGGCGGUGACCAAGCUCCCAGCUAACGAGUCGAAAUACGGAAGGUCUUCCGUUGAACAGUAUUUGAAUCACCUGAAAAAUUGCGAGAACGGUACUGUAGGUUACACCAAGGUUGUUCAAGACGACAAACCCGUGCCCAUACACUUACCUCACGAAAAAAAUGGGUUCAACAAAUGGGAUUCUUCCUCCAGUCGAUCGAAUUCGAACUCAGAUCUUUCUAUCAGCAAAACGAUAUCCGAACCAGUAUCCCUGGCCAAGCCUUCUGCCGAGAAAAACAACUCUAUGUCCACUUCUUUAACAUCAAAAUUGCCAGACAGACUUGCCAGCAUUAAAAACCAGCUCGACCCAAACAAUCCUAUAGGCAAGAUUCUAGAAAAAUCCACUGUGAUCCAAGUUGAGAACGGAGAAGAUAAAAAAGCUGACAAAGUUAAAGGAAUCAAAAACGAUAUAGAGAAACAGGUUAAAACACCAAAACACACGUCUAACUUUGCCUCUUACAUCCAGAUCUCUCAGCCAAUCGCAUCUGGGUCACCAAAGAGCUCAAAACAAGUUGAACUCAACAACGUACUAAACGAAGAACUGUCCAAGAAUGAUGUGAAACCAAAAUCAAAGGUCAAUCUUAAGUACAUGGACUCAGAAGACGAUAGUUUAGUCCUCGAUAAUGACGUUGAAUCUCCAAGCGGCACUGGGUUCGAAAACAAGACCUUCGAACAUGAGAACUUCUUGAAGAAGAGAACAGAAAGGGAACAAGGGAAAGAAGAUGAAGGCGUGAAGUCUAUGGAGACGAGCACAGAAUCCACGUUCAGCGGAGAAGACUCGAGUCCUGACACUCCGUCUUCUAGAAGGAAGGUGUUGGAUGCAAAGGAUGUUGAAGACAUCAAAGCGGAGUUAGCAGGUGGCAAGAGCGGACCUAGCGGGCUGCGGCGCAGCAGCGAACGCUCCGAUACUUCCUCGGAGCGGUGGGAACGCAAACCAAGCCACUCCAGCGAGGACGUUCCAGGUCUGAACGGGCUAAGGAACAUCGGGAACACAUGCUUCAUGAACAGUGUGGUGCAGUGUCUGUCUAACACGCGGCCGCUCCUGGAGUACCUGCUGGAGGACAAGCACACCGGCGAGAUGAACACCACACUGUCCUGCAUGAAGGGCGCGCUUAUUGCUGCGUUCGCAACAGUGAUCAAGGAGCUCUGGCGCAGCGGCGAGCGCGACUCAGUAGUUAACACCACCAGCCUCAAGUCACAGAUUCAGAGGUUCGCGCCCCGGUUCAUGGGUUACAGCCAGCAAGAUGCUCAGGAGUUCCUGCGCUACCUGCUGGAGGGCCUCCACGAGGACGUGAACCGCGUCACCGUCAAACCGAAGCCGAUCCUCACGGAGAUUGACGACAACCUCAGCGACUCUGCCAAGGCGGCUGAGGCGUGGUCUCGCUACCUGCGGAUGGAGGACAGCCGCGUUGGGGACAUCUUCGUGGGGCAACUCAAGUCCACCCUCCGCUGCACUCACUGUAACCACGACAGUGUCACUUUUGACCCAUUCUGGGACCUCAGCCUACCCAUCCCCUCUCGCACGGGCAACUUGAAGCUGCAGCAGUGCCUGCAACACUUCACGCGCGAAGAGGAGCUCGACGGAGACGAAAAACCUACGUGUUCCAAAUGCGGCGUGCGGCGGAAGUGUCUCAAGUGGUUCACCGUCCAGAAGUUUCCCCAGGUUCUCGUCAUACACCUCAAGCGUUUCUCCCCAACGGAGCGUUUCCGUGGCAAGCUGAACGUGCUCGUGGAGUUCCCUCUGACGGGGCUGGACAUGUCACCGUUCGCAGCCACCCGUGGCCCGCAGGCCAUCUACAACCUUUACGCUGUCAGCAACCACUCCGGCACGACGUACUCUGGUCACUACACGGCGUACUGCAAGCACCCCUACACCGGCGAGUGGCACGAGUAUAACGACUCCAGGGUGAGCCCUAUCAACCCCCGCAACGUGGUGUCGUCGGAGGCCUACGUGCUGUUCUACGAGCUCGCGCGCAACCCUCACACGUAGCACGCACUAGGACAGUCCAUCUAGUCUACCCAGCGCUGGAUAAACCUAAAAAUAGGUCUUAGAAUAAGAAAAUAAAAAUUUAAGAGUGGACAAAUAUAUAUAUAUAUAUAAAUAACAAUUUAAUAGUUAAAAGUCGUUUUCAAAGGGCCGAUUUUGAUAAAAAAAACAAAUCGAAACCGCGCCCUCAUUUGUACAUAAAAUAAAAGCUUAUUUAUUUAAUAAUUAUUAAUAAUAACUAUUAAUGAUAAUAAUAAAAAAUAUAUUUGUUGAAAAUUGAGCUGAAAAGGAACGGUGUACAAAAAUUAAUAAUUUCUGAAUACUAUCCAAUCAGGGUCUUUCCAGGCCACGUUUCCCAAAAAUAAUACAGAUGACGCUGUCGAAAGUUCACGUGAUAAUUACAUAUUGGUGCUAAUUCCUGUAAAUACCAUCUAAUUUUAUUUAAGUUAUAUCUGUCAUUUUCUUAUCCGCCGAAAAGGAAAAGGACGGGUAAUAUCGACAAGCAUAAAAUUUAUGGAACACACGUCAAUUUUAAGCACAAAUCUAAAACAACCGUCUAAAAAAUUUACAUCAGUCAAUAACCCGACACAGUUAAGUAGACAGCACUUCAAACGGAUUGCAUACCAGCGGCAUACCUUUUGAUUCGCCCGGGUUAUUCAUUCAUUUACUCAUUCUUCCUAAAAUUAAGAGCUGUGAAUCAUCCGUCCCUUUCCUUUUCGACGGAUAUGAAAAUGACGGAUAUAACUUAGAAUUAGACGGUGUCUGCAGGAAUCGGGGCCAUUUUCUCAUUACUCGAGUACAUAAUUAUUCCAAAAUACAAUGUAACGGCAGUAGCAUAUACAGUGAAACCUGGUUAAGUGAGACAUGAAGGGACCUGCAAUGUCGUUUCACUUAUAGACGUAUUCCUCUUACCCAGUGUCUCAGAUAUACAGCCCAAAGCUACAGCUCCAAGUCUUUCACGGUGCAAGCUGUCCGUUUGUGGAAUUCUCUGCCUGAAAGCAUUAGGAGAGCUUCGUCAUUGGAGUCCUUUAAACGGCAAGUCAAGGCGCAUUUCCUUACCUCUAUUUCCUCUUCAUCUUCAUAAUCUAUCUACUCCUUUUCUUCCAUAGUAUAUGUAGUAGUUUAAAUAGUGAUAUUUAUUUAUUAUAACAAUUAUAAUUAUGUGUACUUAUUAUUAUUAUGUAGUUUAUGUAGUCGAAAGUGUAUUUAUUUUUAUAUGCACAAGUAUUCCCAUGCUGCACUAUCCCGCUAUAUUACUUAAUAUUCAAUAUCUCCUAUACUUAAAGGUUGCCUGGAAGAGAUUGCUACUUAGCAAUAAGGCCGCCUAUUGUACUAAUUCUAUUUCUCUUUUGUUUUGUAUUUUGUUUUUUCCUGUUUGUGCAAUAAAGUAUUUGUUAUGUUAUGUUACAGGUAUAAAUAAAUAUCUGUCUCAUUUACAGAGGGUUCCAUUAAUAGAGGUGAGAAUACAGGUUAUUUCAGUUGUACAGGUGCGAUGAUUAAAUAAAAUAACGUGUUAUGUAUUUUCCAAAUAAACAUCUGUAUGAUAGUAAAUCGAAACUAAAAAUGAAGGUAAUUGAAGCUCAAAAUUUGUACUUACGUAAUUGGAAUUACGUGUGGAAUUUGUGGGUAGAAUAAGAAUGAGUAAACAAGCAAUGUUAUCUCAGUUACAGAGGUUUAUAAAUAAAAAAUUUACUCGCUGUCUCAGUUAUAGAGGUAACUAUGAUGAUAAAUCGAAAGAACGAAUCCCAGAUAUAGAGGCUUAUCUCGUCCCACUAACAGAGGUAAUUCAGUGCCAAAGUGUUGGGACCUCAGCAUGAGUUCCAGCUAUGGAGGUUUCUCACUUAUCCAGGUCCCACUUAACCAAGUUUCACUGUAUAAAAAUAAUAGUUGCUUGGUAUUUGAAUCACAUUAUGUAUAGAAUUAUGUUAAAACACAUAAUAACGGGUUCUUACCGCGUUUAAA